AUUCCUCUUCAUUAAUACUGCCAGGUCCUUUCCCUGAUAGCGCUGACUUUAACAAGGAAGGUCAUGCUUCCAUGGCAUAAAUGUUCUCAUUUCUUUUUCUUCCUUGUGGUGUCAAAAGAGAAACUCAUUCUUCUGGGAGAAACAGGAAAUUAUCUAAGGCGAUGGAGAGUAUUGAUCAUAAAAUUGAGAUAAUAUCCACUGCUGUGGGAAGGAGGUUGGAAUUCGUGCAUCCAUUAUCCGAUCAGCGCUGUAUAUAUAGAGUGCCCAAGCGAUUACAUCAGUUAAAUGAAAAGGCUUACACACCCCAACUAGUUUCUAUCGGCCCUCUUCAUCAUGGCAAACAAGAACUACAAGCAAUGGAAGACUAUAAAAGCAGGUAUUUGCAACAAUUUCUUCAACUUGUCAAUUUAAGUGUUGGCACUUGCAUUAAACUUAUCAUGGAGAGUGAGGUCAAAUUGAGAAAUUAUUAUGCAGAAACCAUUCUUCUUAGCAGCGAGGACUUUGUGAAUAUGAUCUUAUUAGAUGCCUCCUUCCUCAUAAUGUUGGUGCUGAAACAUUAUUUAGUUGACUUGAGGGGUAGUGACGACGCUAUAUUCAACCGGCCAUGGAUGGUUACUGAAAUAAAUUAUGAUCUAUUGUUGCUUGAAAAUCAACUUCCCUUUUUUAUUCUGGAGGACUUGCUAAAGCUGACUGAUUAUCUUGCUCGUCAUGAGGGGCUUUCCAUGAUCAAACUUCUCCAUGAAUACUCCAAACAAUGGUGGCCUUUAUGGGUGAAGGAGGAUGCUCUGGGGAAGAAAGAUUUCUCUGACGUAAAGCAUAUUGUUGACUUUCUAAGUAUUUACCACAGGCCAUCCCAGUUGCCAUCUCCUAAGAAUUGCAAACAGAUAUCCCUUCCCAGUGUAACAGAGCUCCACCAAACUGGAGUAAAGUUUAAGUUGAGUUCGAGCAAAAACUUCUUCGACAUAAACUUCAGAAAUGGGAUUCUGGAAAUUCCCCUAUUGAUUAUAGAUGACCGCACUGAAAUUUUUUUGAGAAAUCUCCAUGCCUUUGAGCAGUGCCAUUGCUCUCCCUGUGACCGAUAUUUGAGUCAAUGUACAAUCCUGAUGGCCAAGCUCUUCAAUGCUGCUAAAGAUGUGGAAUUGCUCGCUCGAACUGGGAUCAUAAAUAAUUGUUUAGUGGAUAAUGAGGCUCUAUCAACUCUUUUUCGCGAUCUUGUCAGAGGGCUUUGUGUCGGCAAAAUUUACUUUUCUGAUCUAGAGGAAGAAUUAAACAAAUAUUACAGAUCCCCCUGGCACCGUCGGAAGGCUAACUUGAAACAGAAUUAUUUCAACAGUCCAUGGGCUGGCAUCUCUGUUUUUGCUGCUACCAUUUUGCUCACUUUCAGUAUUAUUCAAGCCGUGUGUUCUAUCCUGCAAGUAAAACAAGGAUAUCGCUUGAAGUGGAACCUUGACUUUUAUGAUCAUUAACCUGUUUUUCAGAAGUUAGAAGACAACAAAUUAAGUUGGUGAAAAUUAAUGUUAAAUUAGCAUCAAUUAUGGCUAGAGAUAAUAAUGACACUUACAGGUGCUGCUUUCUCAUUAAGAAUUACUCUAAGCUUCCUUGGAAGUGUAGCAGCGGGGAGAGAAAACUGGACUUCAUCAACUCUACUGGCCAUGACUGCUCAUGACAAGAAACAGAUAAAUAAAUGAGAACAUGCAUGAAAAUAUAUAAUCUAAGGGUACAAAUAAUGAUCAUGGAGAAAUUACUAUUAACAGAAAGAAUAUUGAUCUCUAUUACCUUGUUCUUGAAUUUGGAUACCAACACAGGGUGUUAGAAGCACAGAGAAACACAAACAAAGAGCAGGGAAGAUGACUAGAAGCUCCAUUUCUUUCCUAGAGAACUUUGCGUGGGACAUUUCCUUUUAGCAUGGUAAGGAUAUAUACUUGUAUCAGGUACACGGAGAGAACAAACACAAAGCACAAAAAGAAGACUCCCAAAACGAGUACAUGGAAAUCCUCUAUUCUUACUUUUUAGGAGGCCUUCACACCAUUUGGGUUGGAUUUUUUGUCACCACUUGCUAUAGUGGGGCCCUUUAUUGGUUUAUGUUUUGUAACCAUGUCUACACUACACUAUGACAUAUCCCCAUCAAAACCCAGAAAAAGAAAUAUAUUUUUAACUAACUGUUGUGAAUAAAGACUACCAUCUUUCUUUCACUUUAUUGGAGAAAGAAAAAAUAUUUGAUAAUUUCAUCUUCUUGCACUUUAUUCUUCUCUAUCAUUGCUAGCUAAAUGGAAAUGCAGAUUGCAGGCCAGCUCAUUUACCAUUAAUUGAAUCAUGCAACUUGGCGGUUAGAUAUUCUCCUUUUGCCUCAUGACUGCCCCAGGAAAGUGAGAAUUUUAUGGCCUAGCUUCAGGCUUCCAAUUCCACAAUUUUAUGACCACAGGAGCACUUUAUUCUCUCUGUACUUGUAAGAGAGAAAAUUACUCUCUUUUUCUCUUCUGUUCAGAGAUUAGGGUCUCUUUGCCUUGCCGCAUUUGGCCUCCCUUGUCUCGAUUUAGUGGGUUUUCCUCUUCGCUAAUCAGUUGGGUUGUAGAUAUGUUUUGUUUGGGGAGUAACGGUGAUGAAUUGUUGAGGGUGAUUUUGGGUUGCCGAUAGUUUCUGUAUGCUUUUGUUUUCUCUCUCUUGCCCUUAUUUUUGUUGGUAUUUUUAUAAUGUUGUUGCAAGUCUGGUGGUGCUUUAGGGAGGAAAUUAUGACAAUCUACUUUGAUUGGGUGGAUUGCAUGUGCAUUUGAGCGUUUGUGUGGACUUGGCAGGAGAAAGUAUCUGUUGCUGGGCAUGAAGGAGGAAGCAUCCCUAGGGUUUGAAGAGUUGGUUGAGUGAGUGUUGCCGCCUUGAAUAAAAGAGAUUGAGACACUGGUUGAGCCCUGCUCCUUAACUUCUUCCCCUCUGUGCAGGUUGCAAGUUUGAGCUUGAAUGGUUUCCUUGGCCCCAUAGCCUUCAUUCUCCACAUGGUUUCUAGUUUGGCUGCUCAUGUGGUAUUGCUUGGUCUGAACGGGCUAGUCCUUGCUGUUGGGGUUCUUCUCGGUAAGACGAUACCUAAAAGUGCAGCGUAGGUUGGCUUGAUGUUGGUAUUCUGUUGCGGGUUUUCUACCCGUUUAACUUACCCUAGGGUUCCUUGAAUAGGGCUAAAGGAUUUGGGUUGGGCCUUUCCUUGUAUUUUAAGCUUGUGUUGAGCUUCUGUUGGCUAUAGUUAUGAUCCUUUUUAAGGGAUAUGGGACCGUUUUUUAAGUUUGUACUUGUCCGCCAAUUCAAAGCCUUUUAAUUAAGCUUUUGUCUUAAAAAAAAAAUAAAAAAAUAAAAAAAGAGAACACUUUUCUA